AUGUCGGAAAUAAUUGCCGACAAUAGGAAUGUAUCAGGUGAAGUUAAAGCUGGAAAUAUGAUGGCCAUAAUGGGAGCCAGUGGCUCCGGAAAGACGACUCUAUUGAAUGUAUUGACGGCAAGGAAUUUAUCGCAACUGUCCGUCAAUGGAGUGGUACUCAUGAAUGGACAGACAGUCAGUCAACAGACCAUUGCAUCCAUUUCCUCAGCACAGGGAGGCCGGUAUUUCAACAAAUCACAUCUUUAA